AUGCCAGAUCUAAGACAGUUGACGAAACAGGAACGGCAGAUAAAAUUAUCGUUGGAAAACAUAAAGGAGUUUGUAGAAAACUACCAAGAAGAACGUGAUAAAGGCAUAGUGGAAUUACGAUUAAUGCAGUUAGAAGAUCUAUAUAUUAAAUUCUGCGAUGUCAGAGUGAAAAUAGAAGUAAUUCUGGAUGAAUGUGCGGAAGGUGAAAAGGCCGAUAGCGAUGAAGACGUCGCAGGCGCAGCUGCGAUUAUGACACGUGCGGUGCAUGACGAAGGUUCGAGAGUAUUUAAAGAAUUCGAAAAUUGUUACUUUUAUCUCAAAAAUGCUCUUACUAGCAAGUGUACGAAGAACGCUAGAUCAACUACUGAUAAUCAAUUAUUCGCUACUGGUUCAGUUCAAGUGUCCCGCACCAAAUAUCCGGAGCUGAAGCUUCCGACGUUCUCAGGAAAACUGCAUGAAUGGAUCAAUUUUCGUGAUAAUUUCAAGUCCUUGAUUCAUGACAACGGAGAUCUGUCCACAAUAGAUAAAUUCAAUUACUUGCGAGCGUCCUUGAGGGAUGAAGCUCUUUCCCAGAUCAAUCAAGUGCAGGUUACUGCUGCGAACUAUCACAUUGCCUGGACCUUACUUGAGACGAAGUACGAAAACCACAAGUUAAUAGCUCAGGAACAUCUGAAGGCAUUAUUCAUGGUUCCAGUUAUGAGAUCGGAAUCGUUCGAAGCGUUGAAUGCAGUACUAAUGGCGUUUAAAAUCAACCUUCAACAACUGGAAAAACUUGGUGAGAACACAGAUGGUUGGAGCACUCUUCUGGCAUUUAUGAUGUCACAAAAAUUGGACAUCGAUACCCUACGCCAUUGGGAAACUCAUCAUAGUUCGAAGGAUGUACCGAAGUAUGCAGCGUUAGUGGCAUUUCUGGAAAAACACUGUUCUAUCUUGCAAUCUACUUCGUCACGCAGAGGUAUAGAGUACAAGCGUCCGUUUAAAGGCCCCGCGGUUCACACAGUAGUUACUACUGGUAAUUGCGCAAUCUGCAACGGUGGAUCUCAUUCGUUAGAACAGUGUCGACGUUUUGGUAAAAUGAGGGUGAUUGACAGAAGAGCUGCCAUUCGUAGACUAGGAUUAUGCAUCAAUUGUCUACUCCCCGGACAUUUUGUAGCAGAAUGUAACAGGAACCCUUGCAAUAAGUGUGGUCAACAUCACCACCAGUUAUUGCAUCCAGUGAUAUCCAAUCAGCUUAGUGGUACAACUAAUCAGGUACAAGGUCAAGGUCAAGACCAUGCAAGAAGACCUCAAGCCGCGAAUUCACAACAGCAAUCACAGUCACAGUCGCACAGACCUGCCCAAUCCCGGACGAAUAACAGUCAAGCAAAUCCACACCAAACAUCUGCUCAAAACAAUGUCUCGCAAUCCACACGACAGCCACCUCCCACUAAUACACCUGUCACAUCACUACACACUGCUACAUCACAUAACUCUGAACAACGUCGAAACACUACUCUUCUUUCUACUGCUAUCAUUAAGUUGGGUGACCGAUCAGGAAAUACGAUCUUCGUUCGAGCACUACUAGACAAUGGUUCACAGAUUUGCAUGAUCACUGAGAAUGUUUCACAGAAGCUCAAGUUCAAACGCCUUCGUGAAAAUUUGCCGGUUAAGGGAAUUGGAAACUCAAUGACCGUUUCUAAGCAGGCGGUUCUGGCAAAGGUUUUGUCGCAUUGUUCAUCAUACGAAACACAUGAGAUGAAAUUUUACGCGGUGCCUCAAAUUACACUGAAGUUACCACAACAUAGUCUUGAUAUCAGUACUUGGAAAAUGCCGUCAGGAAUUCAUCUAGCAGAUCCAAGGUUUUUUCGAGACCGAAGCGGUUGA